AUGUUGACGUCCUUGGAAGAUUACUGGUACGAAGAGGAAUCGCAGGAAAUUCGCGGCGUAAAAGUUCCCUCAAUAGUGAACGAUUUCAUAGAGAAUCAGCCAUCGAUUGUAGAGCGUUUCUAUACGAAACUGUAUAACGUACCGGCCAAUAAGUCAGAUGAGCCCCAGCAGAUAUUAUUCCACUCCAACCGAAUAUGUUUGGUGGGUCUCGCCAAAGAACAUGUCGCAUUUAAGAAGGGCAUCCGGAGCGUAAGCUUCGAAGUAGGCAAAUUCGACCGAAGCGAGAACAAGGUGUCGGGUCGUAAAAAGAGUGGAGGAAUGAUCCUGCAGGCCGAUUCUACGCUGGCGUUGGUGACGUGUGUGGACGACAGUGUGUAUAAGGUAAGAUCUUGUGUGCAGGGUAAACUGGUAGAAGUAAAUGAUCGUAUCGUUGAUAAGCCGGAUAUGAUGGGUCUCAGUGGAGAAGGAUACGUUGCAAUAGUAAUGCCGAAGCCAGAACAUUGUGAUGCGUUAAAGGAAAGAUUGUUGAGCGAAGAAGCGUAUCACAAAAUGAGGGAAAACUAA